AGAUUACAGCACAUCCACCAGGGCCACAAGCCAUCCCAAGAGUGUUGUUUUUCUAUCUUUUUAUGAACAUUAGGACCUUUGAGGCCCAGCCAGGAGACUAUUUAGGAAUAUAUGCGCUGCGUCUGAUGACGUGCCCUGUGCGGAGUAAGCUAUAUGCUGAACCCAUUGAUUUCUCAGUUUAGUUCGGCUCAGUUUGUGAACUGGUAUUCUAGCAGCCGAAAUCUGAGUGUCAGCAAAAUCACUGUUACUGAUCGAUGCGAUGUCAAUGGAGAAACGAGUUCCUUUCGCCUCUGGUUCCCUCGCGCACUGCUCAGUUUUUGGUUUUCUUUGGACUGCUUCUUGCAAUUUCUCGUAGCGGAGCUCCUAACGCAAAAUAAAGAUGCUCAACUACAGAGAACUGAAGUUCUAUAAAACGCAGGAGUAGUUACACGUGCCACGUGACCCACAGACGCCUAUUUGGAGUGUCAAGUACGUGCAAGUUUGUUUCCUGUACUUCAAUACCACCUUGACAACGGCCUGGUUCACCGUUUAUUCGCGUUUUUGCCCUACUCUCCAAAACAUUUUGGGGUUUCAUGUACCAGAGUUUACGUUUUACCCUGUUUAUUUCUACCUUUUCUAUCAGGACAUGUUGCCUAAUAAUUGAUUAACACUCUGACCUGACAUGACUCCGUUUACAAUCGAAUCUAUACCAUACGACAAAUGAUUGAAUCGUGGCCCAAGGUCUCUAAAUGAAGAAUCGGGAACGAUCUGAAAAUAAUUUGCCAAUGGAGAUUACACCUUGUCCAUUUGCAACCCGGACGUCCCUUUCGUUACAACGAUAUUAUGAUGCGCCAAAAUUAAUGCUAGACCUGACUAGGAUUUUAAAAGGAUCUGAAACCCACUCUUGUCCAUCGAUGUUACUCGCGUGCAUCUCGGGAACUCUGGCAAUGCACGAAGAGCCAGGGAAGAAUGCCACACUAUCAGACAAAACUAGAAUCAAACAAAAAAUGUUAGGAGAGGUACCCUUUACUCCAGAUAGCUCAGAAACAUUGCAUGAAGACGUAUUGGAUGACCAAAUAUCUCAUCACGGAAAGAUCCCACAUUGCAAUCUGCCCAGCAGAGACAUCGCACUUCCAAUGAAGAUUGAGAGCUUCAAGUCCCUGGGAGUGAACAUCAUCAGUAGCCAGUUCUGGCCCAACCACAUUGAUGCCACGGCCAAGGAAGCUCACCAUCAUCUCUACUUCCUCAGGAAAUUUGGCCUGUCCUCUUUGACCCUCACCAUUGCACCAUCGAAAGCAUCCUAUCCAGAUGAGUCACAGCUUGGCAUGGCAACUCCACUGCCUAUGACCACAAGAAAUUGCAGAGAACUGUGAGACAUCAUGGAAACCAGCCUCCUCUCCGUGGACUCUGUCUGUACUUCUCACCGCAUCAGUACAGCAGCCAGCAUAAUCAAAGAUCCCACCCACCCUGGGCAUUCUCUCUUCUCCCCUCUCACACUGGGAAGAAGAUACAAAAGCCUGAAAGCAAAUACAACCAGGUUCAGGGAUAGUUUCUACCUCAAUGUUAUAAGACUACUGAACAGUUCCACAGUAUAAGAUGAACUCUUAACCUCACAGUCUACCUCACUAUAAUCUUGCACCUUAUUAUUUACUUCCUCUGUAACUGUAACACUUUAUUCUGCUAUUGCUUUAUCUUGCACUAACUCAAUGGACUGAUGUAAUGAUUUGAUCUACAAACGGUAUAUAAAUGAUAUGCAAGCAGAGUUUUUACUGCACCUUGGUACAUGUGACAAUGUUAAUUUACCAAGUGCAUUCAGAAGUGAAUUUUAAGGCAGUAUAUAGAGAGUCCAACUCUAUUUGACCACACCUCAAAACCAUUAGAGUCUGAUGGUAUCUAACUUCUACUGCUAUGGAAAGCAAAGGGGUGGAAGACUGUAAAGGAGAUUGCUGCAUCUUUAUUAGCCACAGAUACUGUAGCUAAUGAGAGGGUAGCUAAUGUUGUUCCCUUUUCAAAAUGGGCAGUAGAGAUAAGCAAGGACUCUACAGGUUGGUAAGCCUUACAUCAAAAGUAGAAAAUAUUUGGGAAAAAAAACAUUCUAAGGGGGCAGUGUUUAUGUCAACUUGGGAAAGCAAGGCCGGGUUAGGAAGUGUCAGUCUAGUUUUGUGCGGAGGAAAUCUUGUCUCACAUAUCUGACUGAAUGUUUUGAUGAGGUAAGGCAGCGCAGUAGAUGUGACCCACAUAGUCUUUAGCAAAAAUCAUAUCAGAGCCCUGCAUUAUUAGAUUUAAAAUAUAUUGGAUUCAUGGUGUGCUAGCAAACUGGGUUCAAAAUUGCCUUCAUGUUUGGUCACAGAGGGUAGUGACUGGGGGGUGUUUUUCUUACUGGAAGCCUGAGACAUGUGGUGUUCUGCAGGGAUCAGUGCUAGCAUCACUGUGGUUUGUCAUGACUUUGAUGGAAUGAUUAGCAAGUUUUCCAAUGACACAAAAAUGUGGUAUAGUAGACAGUAAAGAAGGUUGUGAAAGAGAUUUGAAAAACUGGGUGAAACAACAGCAGAUGGAAUUUAAUCUAGACAAGUACAAAGUAAUCCACUUUGGAAUAUCAAGUACUAACAGGACAUAUAUAGUAAAUGGCAGGGGCUUCAGGAGCAACAAUGUACAGAGAGACAUUGGAAUGCAAGUCGAUAGCCCACUAACAAUAGUGACACAGAUGGAAAGGGUCACAAAGAAGGCUUGCCUUCAUAAGCCGAGACAUUCAGUGUAAGAGUUGGGAUGUCAUAUUGCAGCUGUACAAUGCACUGGUCAACCUACACUUGGAAAACUGCAUACAGUCUGAUCAUCAUGCGACAGGAAAAUUGUCACAGCGUUAGAAAAGUGCAGAAGAGAUCCACGGGGAUGUUAAAAUAAACUGCAGGAGAAACUCAUUAGGUCAAGCAGCACCAGUGGAGGGAAAGGAUAUAUUCCUGAUAUUUUAUCAGGAAUCAUACAUAGAAAUCUGAAAUGAGUGGAUACAGGUUUAAGGUGAGAGGAAAAAAGGAGAUAUGAGGGGCAAACUUUUUCACACAGAGGGUGGUGGUUAUGUAUGGGAUGAGCUGCCGGGGAAGUGUCAGGGACAGAUACAAUCACAGUGUUUAAAAGACACCAGGAUGGGUACUUAGAUAUGAAAGGAUAGAUGGAUAUUGGCCUAAUGUGGGCAAUUGGUGUUGUGUAAAUAGCCAUUCUUGUCAGCAUAUUUCUGAGCUACGCACACAAAGUGCUGGUGGAAUUCAGCAGACCAAGAGAAAAAAAGCUGAGGAGUAGAUUUUAAAGAUGGUUGGAGUGGAGAGAGAAAGACAAGGUGAUAGGUGUAACCUGGAAGGGGAGAGAUGAAGUAAAAAGCUGGGAAGCUGAUUGGUGAAAGAGACAAAAGGCCAUGGGAGAAAGAAAAGGGGGAGGAGCACCAGAGGGAGAUGAUGGGUAGGCAAGGAGAUAAGGUGAGAGAGGGAAAAGGGGAUGGGAAUUGCUGAAAGAAAAGGAGGGUGGGGGUGUUACCGGAAGCUUGAGAAAUUGAUGUUCAUGCCAUCAGGUUGGAGGCCACCCAAACAGAAUAUCAGGUGUUGUUCCUCCAAGCCAAGUAUGGCCUCAUCACAACAGUGGAGGAGACCAUGGAUGGACAUGUCGGAAUGGGAAUGGGAAGUGGAAUUAAAAAGGGUGGCCAUUCAGAGAUCCAGCUUUUUCUGGCGGACAGAGCAUAGGUUCUCGGUGAAGCGGUCUCCCAAUCUAUGGCAGGUGGCUCUGACAUACAGGAGGCUACACCGGGAGCACCGAUCACAGUAUAUGACUCCAACAGAUUCACAGGAGGUGAAGUGUUGUAGUGAGGGAGGAGGUGUAGCACUUGUUCUACUUGCAAGGAUAAGAUACCUUUUAAAUCUACUCCUCAGCUUUUUUUCACCAGUCCUGCCGAAGGGUUUCAGCCAGAACCGUCGACUAUACCCUUUUCCAUAGAUGCUGCCUGGCCUGCUGAGUUCCUCCAACAUUUUGUGUGUGUUGCUCAGGUACCCAGCAUCUGCAGAUUUUCUCUUGUUUAUAUUUGUGAGCUGUACAUUUUCACGAUUCUAUAUUACUCGAAUAGUCUUACUGUCAAUUGAUUAGAAAAAUGUUAAAAAAUAGGAAGUAAAUUUGCUAAAGUGCAAUAAUUUCUUCAAUUCAAUUGGUACAUUUAAAAGUAAAUGAUAUUGGGACUAUAGGGUUUGUCUCUCUAUCUUUCCCUUGCUGAAUACCUUCAGUAAAAGAAGUUCCUUUUUUUUUAAUUCAAGGCCAGUUGUGGCAUUAUACAAUAUACAGAAUGUCAUGAUAGUUUCACAGAUUGUUGAAAAAUGUAAUGUUACCAUUCUGCUUCUCCAAAAACAAAUAAAAUGAUCUCAUCAAAACCUUGACAAUGUGAAGGAUCUCAGAGAGAUAAAAAUUCACCUUUGAACAUUUGCACUAAACAUACAAUCUAACA